GCGAGUGUUUGGGGGAGUGACUGAUCGGCAGCGCUUUUCCGCUCUUUGCAUCCUGUUGCCUAAAGUACAACGGCGUGUGUGCUGUUGUGUGUGCGUGUUGUGUGUCUGCGAGGUGUGUUUGCCACCAGAGCGAGUUCAAGCAUGAAAAGAGGCAAGAAGGCAGAGGAGGAGGCGGCUACAGCAGAUGGGGAGACUGAAACCAGCACGACCCCUCCGAAGAAAGCAAAGAAGGCUAAGGAACCGGAGGCGCCAAUUCUGUACGAGGAUCCUCCCGACAAAAUGACCAGCAAGGAUGGACGGGACGCCAACAUGAAGAUCACCUCCUGGAAUGUGGACGGACUGAGGGCCUGGGUGAAAAAGAAGGGCCUGGAUUGGGUGCGUGACGAGGCUCCAGAUGUUUUGUGCCUGCAAGAGACCAAGUGUGCGGAGAAGGACCUCCCAGCCGACAUCACCUCGAUGCCCGAGUACCCGCACAAGUACUGGGCUACCUCCGAUGAGAAGGGGGGUUACAGCGGGGUGGGCAUGCUCUGCAAGACCGAACCCAUCAACGUGACCUAUGGCAUCGGCAAAGAGGAGCACGACAAGGAGGGCCGCGUCAUCACUGCCGAGUUCCCCAACUUCUACCUGGUGACCGUCUAUGUGCCAAACUCCGGCCGAGGCCUCGUGCGCCUGGAUUACCGCAAAACCUGGGACGUGGACUUCCAGUCGUACCUGAGCGAGCUCGACAUGCAGAAGUCGGUGGUGCUGUGCGGCGACCUCAACGUGGCCCACCAGGAGAUCGACCUGAAGAACCCCAAGGGCAACAAGAAGAGCGCCGGCUUCACCCCCGAAGAGCGCGAGGGCUUCGGCCAGCUGCUGGAGGCCGGCUUCACCGACAGCUUCCGCGAGCUUUACCCAGAGCAGACCAACGCCUACAGCUUCUGGACCUACAUGAUGAACUCCCGCUCCAAGAACGUGGGCUGGAGGCUGGAUUACUUUAUGUUGUCGUCGUCCUUGCUGCCGGGCCUGUGCGACAGCAAGAUCCGCAACCAGGCGAUGGGAAGCGACCACUGCCCCAUCACCCUGCACAUCGCUGUGUAGGUCACUGUGUGGGCAGCGGGGGGGUCACUACCUCUCCUGCACACAUCUGUUCUGACCUGGCACAAACAUCUCAUCAGUGGAGUGCAGCCCCGAUCUCAUUCAUUCAGUAAUGUCAGUACUGCAGGAAUUGUGUCAUUUACUCUUUUUUUUUCCCAUGAAAGUUUGAUCUAAUCUUGUAAAAGCGUCUCAGUGGGGCCUGUGUGUGUACUACUGCUGAUCUGAGACGAGCCCAUGUUUCUUCACUGUUGCUGAAAAACAACUACUGCCAUCAAGAGAAAAUGUAUUUUGUUGUAGCACAAAAGAUUUAAAGCUUCGUUUCCAACCUGUUUUGAUUUUCUGUUGUAAAACUAGAGCCCCUUCUCAAUAAAGACUGAAUUUAUGUAGAA